UUUUUUUUUUUUCAUGGCGUCUAAUUUGUCAAGUAUAUUCGAUGAAACGGAACGACAAAGACUUAUCGAUUCAAUUCCCAAGUUUGAAGAUGUGGAGAACAAUCUUGAAAACAUUCAACCUUUGAAAGGUGGUAGACGUGCCCGUGCCUUAGUGGCAUCCAGCCUGGCAACUGACGAUGAAAGACAGCGUAUGAUUCAGCAAGAACGUGAUUGCUUUGCUUCCAAGCUAGAAAAACUCGACGAUAUGGAUGAUCCUUUGGAUGUUUAUGUUAGACAUCUUCAGUGGACUAUACAAAUGUUUCCCGAAGGACAGAAUCAUGAAUCUCAACUGGUGGAUCUUUUAGAACAAGUUACAAACAAGUUUCAAGACGACCCUCGAUAUAUUUUAGACCCACGCUAUCUCAAUUGCUGGAUGGAAUAUGCAAAAUGGACGGAUGAUCCCAAAGAUGUCUUUUUAUUUCUCAAGAAAAAAGGCAUUGGUCAAAACCUAGCCCUGUUUUACGAACAGUACGCUUUUCUAUAUGAAGAACAAAAGAGGUACAAAGAAGCAAGCGAUAUUUUAAACUAUGGAAUCGAACGACGAGCACAACCAUUAGGGAGAUUAAAAAGAACCAAGGAACAAUUUAUUCAUCGUUUACAACAUCGAAAACAACAUGAAGAAUCCAUAAAUACUUCUAAUCCAACUCGAGAUCAAAUGCAAUCUUUACUUCGAACAGGACAACGAACAAUGCUUGGUCACAAACUUGAUACCCGUCAUCCGCAGUCCGUAUCUAGGAAUGUUUACAACAAUAUGCAAAACAACUCGACUUUCAUUCGGGACAACAGUAAUACUUCUUCAUCUUCUUCAGCUAGUCGAUCUUUUGGGAAUUCUAUUACAACUUCUACUCCAUCCAAUUCGUUCAAGUUUCAAGUCUUUACUGAUGAUGGUGAAGGUCCACAGUCAACGUCUCCAUCACCACCAUUUUCCUCACCAAGUAUCGAUACAUCACCUUCUAGUACACCAAAUAUGUCUAUCUCAGCUUUUUCUCGCAAACGACAAGAGAACAUGGUACCUGUGGAAACAUUCGCUGGCGCAACUUUACCACAAAAACAAACUCUUACACGACCUUCUAUACCCAAAUUCAAUGUGUUCCGAGAUGAUGCUGGACAAUCAGAGGAAAUAACCAUGGAUGCAUCAGAUUAUGAUCAGACUGAUGAACGACAUAGGCACGUUGAUAUGAACGAUGACUUGAUCCGUAAUGGUUCAUCCAAGCAUACUUACAGCGACUCACGCCAUCACUCACACCAUCAUUCUCGAUACAAUCGUCAACAAUUAGCUGAUGAUGAAACUAUUGGAACCUCAUCACUCCUGAUGAUUUUACAGGAUCGAUAUCAUAAAUUAGGCGAUCAUUAUAUCACAAGCACAGACACCUCAAAGAAACCAAUGACAAUCGCAGCAAAAGUGGAAUACGAGUCAUCCAAUGGACGUACUUUACCUGUCAGCUUUGAUGAAGUACGAGCAUAUCAACAAGUGAAUAGAAGAGGUCAACCACAGAUCAUCAAUAUUGGUGCUUUUCAGAAAACGUCUUCUCAAACUGAAGCUACUAUACCUUGCUCUGUCCAACGAGAACCUACUAUGGAUUAUACAACUGAAACUCUUGCUGCUCAACAAUCUAUUAAUGCCAUGUUCAAUAAAAGAAAUGAUGAUUUGGAUUCUGAAGAUGACGAUGAACAAGUAUGGAAACGACCAAAACGGGAAUAUGCAGAUGAAAAUAUUUAGCUUUAUAUAUAUAUCAAUAAAUCUAUUGUAUUAUUAUCAUUUUA